UGUUGUGAUUGGUGAGCAUUGCACUCUUGUACGACUUCAUUCAUUGCAAAACUCGGUAAAAAAAAAAUCUCUUGAUUUGUGUCCAAAUUCCGACCCUUUAAUUCCACUUUGGGUCCCCAGCUACCAUAUUUAGUUUUCGAAUGUAACUUUUCUCGUGUAAUUUACAGACGCUCCCUUCUUUGCCUCAUUUUGUAUCGAUUUUGUCUCCUGCAGCGCCCACGCCUGCGCCUGCGCCACUGCUCCAGCCGUACUGAGCUUUUCCAGACCGGCUCCAUCCUACAGAUUCAGCCCCUUCCCUGGCACCAACCAUCCAUCCAUCAGUACAAACAGCCGGGGGGAGAGUGGUGGAAUCGCAGACUGCUUUCGGAGGGGAAGUUCAGAACUAGACAGCCGGACAGAGACUCUUUUGCAACAGCCGCCUCGUGACCGCAACCUGCACUGAAGCUAUGGAAAGAAAGCGUCCAGGGAUGCCCUCUGGAGCCCGAAUGCCCCAUCAAGGGGCCCCCAUGGGCCCUCCAGGACCACCAUAUGGGGGGAGUCCCUCUGUUCGCCCUGGGAUGCCAAACACAGUUAUUGAGCCUACAAGAAAGCGUCCGGCCUCCUCCCAGCAGGUUCAACAACAGCAGGCAGCACAGAACCGAGCCAGAAACGCCAAGAGGAGGAAAAUGGCAGACAAGAUUCUCCCUCAGAGGAUUCCAGGGGAUCACAGAAGGAACAGGGUGUUUUGCAAGAUCCGUGAGUUGGUUCCAGAGUCCCAGGCCUACAUGGAUCUCCUGGCUUUCGAGCGAAAACUGGACCAAACUAUUAUGAGGAAACGGGUGGACAUCCAGGAGGCUUUGAAGAGACCAAUGAAGCAAAAACGUAAGCUGAGGCUGUACAUCUCCAAUACUUUUAACCCUGCAAAACCAGACGCUGAUGACUCUGAUGGCAGCAUUGCUUCCUGGGAACUGCGAGUGGAGGGGAAACUACUGGAUGAUCCUAGCAAACUGAAGAGGAAGUUCUCCUCGUUCUUCAAGAGCCUGGUGAUUGAACUAGACAAGGACUUAUACGGUCCUGACAACCACCUGGUGGAGUGGCACAGAACCCCAACCACCCAGGAGACUGAUGGCUUCCAGGUGAAGCGGCCUGGUGAUGUCAGCGUGCGCUGCACUCUGCUGCUGAUGCUGGACUACCAGCCCCCCCAGUUCAAGCUUGACCCAAGGCUGGCCCGGUUACUGGGGAUCCACACCCAGACACGCUCCGCCAUCAUCCAGGCACUGUGGCAGUACGUCAAGACCAACAAGCUGCAGGACUCUCACGAAAAGGAGUACAUCAACUGUGACAAGUACUUCCAGCAGAUCUUCGAUUGCCCAAGGCUGAAGUUCUCUGAGAUCCCCCAGCGGCUCACUAACCUGCUGCUACCCCCUGACCCCAUCGUCAUCAACCAUGUCAUCAGCGUGGACCCAAACGACCAGAAAAAGACGGCUUGCUAUGACAUCGAUGUGGAGGUGGAGGACCCUCUGAAAGGCCAGAUGAGCAGCUUCUUGCUCUCCACAGCCAAUCAGCAGGAGAUUGCAUCACUGGACAACAAGAUUCACGAAACAAUCGAGUCCAUCAACCAGCUGAAGAUUCAAAGAGACUUUAUGCUGAGUUUCUCCAAGGACCCCAAGGGGUACAUCCAAGACUGGCUCAAAUCCCAGAGCCGGGACCUCAAGGUGAUGACAGAUGUGGUGGGGAACCCAGAAGAGGAGAGGAGGGCAGAGUUCUACCAGCAGCCCUGGUCCCAGGAGGCAGUCAACCGAUACUUCUACUGCAAGAUUCAACAGCGCAGACAGGAGCUAGAACAAGCACUGGCCGUGCGCAACACCUAAACCCUUCCAUGCGGAAACAGCAGAACUCCAGUGCUGCAGCAGCACACCUCCAUCCCCCCCGCCCCGGCUUGCCAUCGUCUUCUCACAGUGUUGUGACUUGCCUUGUUUGUUGUCACGGUAACGCUCUGUUCGGUGUCCUCGGAGCGGGCACUGCUGCUGUGGAUAUCACUGGGAUCUUCUUCAGUGUCAUUGCUCAACCACACAGUUAGAAUGUACUUUCCUUUUUAAAAAUAGACAAAAAGAAUACAUACUGUAUGAUACACUCACUAAUUCUAACGCAUGGAAACAUGCGUGCAGGCUAAGAAAAGGACCCCUUAAUACUGGCCCCAUUCCCAACUCCUCUGGAAUGCCUGCAAUGACUUUUUAGUAAGUAAUCCCACAUCCCACAGAUGCUGACUCAAAAGGUCCUAUAGUUGACCAAGCCACUCCAUUACCGCAUGAUGGAGCAUGUGUUUAGUUUUUGCAGAAAUCAGGCAUCAUGGAUAGCUGUAGAUCUCACCAAAUUGUUGCAAGUCCAUUUUAUGCGCCUGUCAAGUGCAGCUAGAGCCAACUUGAGGGACCCGUGAAGCCUG